AUGGAGAAUGAGAGAGAGAAGGGGAACGAGAGCGAGGAAAAUCAAGGAGGAGAGAGAGCUAGCUCUUGGAGGCAAGGACGGACGAGAGGAAUUUAUUUGUGUGGAAUUGGCGACUUCCUCACAAUGCACCCAAGAGCGAACUGUAUAAGCUUUAUUGGUGGAGAUACUGGAAUUUCAAUUUCAAAGAAGUUAGGCAUGAUCCCUUUGCAAAUGGAGUUGGGAGGAAAAGAUGCCUUCAUUGUGCUUGAAGAUGCUGACCUUGAUUUGGUGGCUUCAAACAUUAUAAAAGGAGGCUUCUCUUAUAGUGGUCAGAGGUGCACUGCUGUCAAGGUUGUCCUAGUAAUGGAAUCUGUCGUCGAUGCUUUAGUGGAGAAAGUUAAGGCUAAGGUGGCAAAACUGACUGUCGAACCACCUGAAAAUAACUGUGAUAUCACUCCAGUUGUGAUAGAGUCAUCGGCAAACUAUAUUGAAGGUCUUGUAAUGGAUGCUAAAGAGAAAGGAGCAACAUUCUGCCAAGAGUACAAAUAG